AUGGUGAUAUGGGUCGCAUUCCUCGGCAGGCGCAGCAUCAGGACACAGGCGGAUGCAGGGUGCAUCCUGUCUGAAGCUGUGCGUGCGUGCGCUUCAGACAAGCAUCUGCCUGAUGCUUCCCCGCGCACGUGUGCCCGUCUUGUCCGAGUGACUGGGCAUAAAACCCAACAAUUUAUUAGUCUCCAAAAUGUUGAUUUUGUUGGCCUCCUUGAGACAAGAGUCAAGGCUCCUAAGCUUGGGAACUUGUACUCUAAUGUUUUUGCGGGAUGGUGUUUCUCUUCUAACAUUGCUUGGCAUGCUGGAGGGAAGAUUGUUGUAGCGUGGAAUCCUUUGAGAUUCAUAGUGGAUAUGAUUAGAUGCAUAAGUCAACUUAUGCAUAUAAGAAUUGUGACUAUUGAUGGUAUAUUUGAUAGUUUCUUGACUGUGAUAUAUGCAUCAAAUAGCCGCAAUGAGAGGAGAGAUCUUUGGAGAGUUGUUUGUGAGUUGGCUCCAAAUGGGAAGUGGUGUCUGAUGGGGGAUUUUAAUGAGAUCCUUUCGAAGGAAAAGAGAAUUGGGCAUCAGGUCUGGCUGAAUGCUUAUGAGAAUGCUGAAGCUACAUUUCUUAAUGAGGGGUUAUUCGACCAUUCUCCUGGGAUCCUUACUUUGUAUCCUCAUUUGAAUGGUGGAAUCAAACCCUUUAAAUACUUUAGAAUAUGGAAAUCUCAUUCUAAGUAUGAAAGUAGUUUAGAAGAGAUAUGGAAUCAACCUAUUGGGGGUUCGAAGAUGUUUCAAGUGGUCUCAAGGUUGAAACUGUUCAAAAAAGGGGUACUGAACGACAUAAAUAAGGAAGGGUACAUGGACUUGCAGGCUACUACAGCUAAGGCUAAAGCUAAAUUGGAUAACAUUCAGACCAGAUUGCAGCAAAGUCCCUUGAAUUAUGAGCUGCAUAAUGAAGAAAAGGAGGCUCGGGAAAGCUAUGUAAAAGUACAGCAUGAUUAUGUAUCUUUCCUGAAAGAAAAAGCAAAAAUGGCAUGGAUACAUGAUGGAGAUAACAACACAACAUUGUUUCAUGCUAGCAUAAAGCAAAGAUUGAGACAAAAUAGGAUCUUCUCCAUUGAGCAGCAAAAUGAAGAGACGGUUAAUGAUCUGAUUCUGGUGCAAGAGGCUUUUCUAGAUUAUUACAAAAGUCUUUUGGGAACUACACUGGAAAAUAGGAAAUUAGUGGUCAAAGGCAUUUUGAGAAGGGGUCCUAUGGUGUCUAAGGAGCACUCAAAGUUGCUAAUGAGGAAAAUUUCAAUAGAGGAAGUGAAGAAAGUUGUUUUUGACAUUCCUGGCUCUAAGUCUCCUGGCCCAGAUGGAAUCAAAUUAGUUUUACCUGAUAUUAUCUCUCAUUCACAAGGAGGCUUCAUCAAAGGCAGAUUUAUUGGGCACAACAUUAUGAUCUGCCAAGAUUUGAUCAUGCAUUAUGGUAGGAAAUCCAACAAACCAGGGUGUGUGAUUAAGUUGGAUAUUCAAAAGGCAUAUGACACAGUGGAGUGGCAAUUUAUAGAGGAGAUGCUUUAUGGACUUCAGUUUCAAAUUCCCUUUGUCAAACUGAUCAUGCAAUGUAUCUCAACACCUAGGUUCUCUCUUAUGUUCAAUGGAACUCUCCAUGGUUUCUUUGAAUCUAAGAGAGGCUUAAGACAAGGGGAUCCUAUAUCUCCAUUACUAUUUGUAAUAGGAAUGGGGUAUCUAUCUAGACUGAUGGGGAAAGUUGGGGACAAGGAAGACUUUUGUUUUCAUGAUAGAUGUACUAAGCUCAAAUUGAACCGCCUUGCUUUUGCAGAUGAUGUCAUAUUAUUCAGCAAAGGGGAUGAGAGAAGUGUCAAGUACCUGUUACAAGCUCUGAAGCUUUUCUCUGUAACCUCAGGAUUGCAACCAAGUCCUACAAAAACUGCAAUAUAUUGCAGUAACAUGGAGCAAACUGUAGUAGAGAGGCUGCUGAAACUUUCAGGUUUUUCAAGAUAG